AUGUGGGACUCUGUAUACCCAUCUGGCUCUGCUACAAGAAUGAAUAAACCGCCGGCCGAAGUUGAAGCACAAGGCAUUGCAGAGGGCGUUUGUGCACAAAACAAUCUCCUAAUAUCCCUUCCCGAUGAUCUGCUCUUCAAGAUCCUGCUGAACCUCUGUGCUCAAGACAUUUACAGGGCAAGUCUCGUCUGUCGGAGGUUGUACUACCUCACGAUCCGAUCCGAGGAUUUCGUAAACCUCCACCUCCAGCAGCAAACUGACGAAUACGGCCUCUUCUUCCAAUAUGCCCCAACACGUGUUUAUUUUUCUCCCUAUCACGCGAUUUUCGUGUCUAUGAAACAGGGGCGUGUCACGGUAUCCCACUACAACUUUGCUGACAAAUCCAGAUUUAUCAGGCUGACUAGCUGCAACGGCCUCAUCCCUCAGUACAAUUGGUGGGAACCCUUGUCCGGCGUCCACUUGGCCAACCUUGUGACGGGAAAAGUCUUGCAACUCCCUCCGCUCCCGAAAAAUGCAAAGUCAAUGUGUUGUUGCUUGGGGUACACGAAGGCUUCACAAGCAUACAAGGUGGUCUUGGAAUACAAUGAUACUGAUAGGGGAAAGACACGGGCCAUAUUGACCCUGGGUGUCGAUAGUUUGUGGAGGCAUCUUUCAACCCACCAUUGUCAAUAUUUGCCGGACUCUAGCCUCAGUAGCCCAUUGGUGACAGAGGGUUUUAUUCAUUUGAUUUUUGGGAAGACUGUCAUGACUCUGAAUGUAGAGACAGAGGUUAUGACCAAGACGCGGGCCCCAGUAUUCCCCGAGUAUCCUCGCAGGGUCAUCAAUUGGUGGUACCUGUCAACGGGGAAGUCUCUCACUCUAGUGGUUGAAGUUAAGUACUGCGUGUUUCGAGUUUGGGAGAUGGUGUUUGGGGACAAUUAUAAUUAUUGGAGGGAAUGGGAACGUAAAAUUGCAUUGGGAAAUCGAAAUAAAAUUAAAGAUUUGUUUAUUGAGCCGGUCGGUUGGUUGCAGCAGAUGGAGGUGUUGGUGUUUUAUGGAUGUUCCAUGAAAGGGCCUAGCGUUGCUUUUUACGUGGUUAUUGCUACUGGAGAAAUCGGAUGGAUCACCUCCUUAUGGAAAGGGUUGGCUGGGGAACGUUAUUCAAUUCUUGGUCCAGGGAAGAAAAAGGAGGGAAAAGUCUUUCAGAGAGCUGCCAAGCCAUCUUGGCUCGUCAAAACAGCCGGCUGCUUUGUGAUGAGGCUCGUUUGUGAUGAUUCUUUCGGGAAGAAGGUGAGGACUGAGGAGAGAUGUGGUAAUUGCAAGUUAAUGGGCCUUCUCGAGAUAAAUGAGCUGAAACGGGGACAGGCUCCAUUCCUGAGGUGCUCCUAG